GCACAUUUUAGCGCCAUUCUUACACCCCUGUCAAUGCGCCGCCCAGCCAGGCAAGUCCCGUGCCCAUCCCGAUCCAACGAUCCGUCGUCGACGACGGGAAGGGCAGCCUUCCAUUCGGACAGUACCUACCUUACCUAAGGUAUGUACGGGAAACUGAGAGCUUGGUGGCCAAUUCUUUCUCCUUUCUGUUGCCCGUCUUUUGGUAUCGCCGGUUGUAUGCAGGGUGGAUCACUACUAUCCAUUCAUGUCCACGCUCGACCACAAUCUCAGCAGUCUGAAGCCCUCAUCGGGCAUUUCAAAAUCCAGGUCCCAUCCCUUGGAAGCGGAAUGGAUCAUCCCGACUCCCGCCUGUCUGUUCGCCUUCUUGGAGAACCUGACGUAGUACUUCACUUGAAGUGUUGAACUUUUGUUCGGGUUUGCUGCAGACAAGUCCGUGGCUUCCCGUCGCACCGUGUAGGUACAACAUGGACAAGGGCGCGGUUUCCGUGGCCAUUCAACAGUGGUGAACCAUCGCCAACGCCUCGCCCGCGUUACCACUACCCAAAAAGGCACCUACACAAUAAUGCAUAUCCAAAAGUGGAAAUGUGUGAUCUUCGUGACGGACCUAGAAUGAUGUGCAUCCUUGACACCUAGCAGGCAGGAGCGAACUUUAGUCAAGCGCCUACUAUAAAUGUUUGCAAGACCCCGUUGCAGCACCGCGACAAAGAACCUACUUCGGGCUCGGCCACGGCACG